AUGAGAAAUGUAAUUAAUUAUAUAAAGAAUUUAGAAUAGAGUAUAGAGAUUACUAAAAAAAAUAUAAUUAAAUUUUUCUAAAAUUAAAAUUCUAAAGAAAAGAAUACAAUGUAAUUAUUGGCUACACAAUUAGAUAAAAAUAAAAAUUGUUUUAAUCAUAUUAGACCAAUUUUAGAAGAUUUAUUAAAUGUUUUUAAUUAUUUUGGAGUUAUUAAUGAACAACUCUAAUCAAACAAUUAAAUACUUGAAAGUCAAUUGCAAAAUUUAAAUAAUAGAAAUAAUGAUUUCGAAAAAAAAAUUGAAAGUUUAAUCAAUGAAUUGAAUCAAAAAAAAGAAGAAGAAAAAAAACUUAUUAUAGAAUAAGUUAUUUAUUCAUAAGAAAAUAGAAUAGAAACACAAUCUUUAAAUAAAUUAAAUUAAUAUUCUAAACUCUAAAAUCGAUUUUUUGAUUAAAUCAAGGACAAUAUAGGUAAUAUGCUUAUUUUGAAUUUAAAUUUUUUUGUUUUAUGGAUAUUUCACGUUAAUUCAAAAUAGCAAGAUACAUAAUCAUUAGAAAGUACAAAGAGUUUUAUUAUUGGUUUAUAAGACUAAAAUAAUACGAUUGAAUUAGACAGUAUGCAAUAAUAGUUGAAAAAGAAUGUAGAAUUUAUUGAGUAGAUUUAUUCUCAAUCUACUAGCUAUUCCAUUUUUAAUAAGUAUCAUUUUUAAAAUUUAUAAUCCGCAUUGAAAAUUUUGUAAACAAUCUAAAAUUAUAAGUAAGAAAUUGAGAAUCAUAAGCAAGCUAUUUAAAAUACCAAUUGA